AUAUAAAAGAGGGAUCAAAUGCAAAGUCUCAAGUAUACUACAGUAGCAAUGGGAAAUCAUCAAAGUAGCAUAAUACAAGAUAUAACUGAGAGUAUAAGAUCUGGUAGGCAUGAGGAUGACCUAGAAGAGUUCCAAAGACAUGCAAGCAUCGAGGAAAGGACUCCACACUUGCUGUUCCUGGGAAGAGGAGGUAGUGGAAAGUCAUCACUUGGGAAUUUGCUGAUCAAUGGAACCUCCACAGGUGACUCAGGCCCAAACAUUGGAACAACAAAAUACGUCGAGACUACAGAAGUAAAAAAGGAAGGUGCUAAAUACACGUACAUCGUCCAUGAUACUCGAGGGUUAGGAGACAGCAACACAAAGGUAGAAGAAAUGGAAACUGAGCUCCAAAGAGUUUAUCAAGACAAUAAGGAGGACUGUGUCGUGAUAAUAUGCGUUAGACUUAACGACAGGAUCACUGAUAGGGGGAUAAAGCAGUGCUUUGAAGUCUGCAAUAGUCUUGAUCCUAACGUAUGGGACAACGUGAUAGUCGCAAUCACACACUCGGAAGUACCACUGGAGAUGAGGAACAAAGCUAAUAGGUCUGAAAUGCUUGAAGAUCUAAAGACAGAAUGGAGGGCAAAAGUGCAAGAAACUAUUGAAGGAUUAGAAGUAGAAAAAGAAGUACCAGUCUGCUUUACAAGUCACACUGAAGCCGAUCGACCAAUUGAAGACAACUGGUUACAAAAGCUAAUAAAAGCGAUCAUCGAAAGAGCUGGGCAGUCAGAAGGCUGCUUUAGACUUCUCUUUAAAAUCCUCCAAGAGAAAUUAGAUUUAACUCGCAGUCACGAGUCAAUGGGAGCAUCCUUACGUAAUACAGAUGAGUGGGACGAUCUAACACAAUCCACAGCAGAUUUGGGAAUAGAGAUGAACAUGACAGCAACAAAGCAAGUCAGUGCAGGGAUAAUGAUAACAGUAAUAGGAGGAGUACUAGGAGGAGGAGCUGGAGUAGCAAGUGCUUUAGCUACCGGUAUAGCUGCUACUAGUGCAGGUCUUGCGACUGGAAUAACAGCAGGAGGAUUAACAGCAGGAGCCAUUGCUGGAGUAGCAGCAUUUGGUGCUGUUACCGUAGCUACGAGUGGGGUAGGGGCAUUAAUUGGAGCAGGAGUGGGUAUCGGCGUUGCAAUAGCAGUAGUGAUGGUAUGGCUUUGGAUCAAGAGAAGAAGAGCAGAAACAAACUAAUAACUACAUGCAUACAUGUACACAUAAUGAUUCCAUGAUAAUAUAUCAUUCAUUACAAUUUAUAAGUUGUGUCUUUCGUUAUUGU